UGAAAAUUUAGAUUACUUGCUUUUACUGCGGAACUACGAAAUGAGAAAUUGAUUCUCAUGAGUAAACUUUGUAUUUUGGCUUUGGAUCGAAUACCGCCGCAGCAAUUUAAAUUUUUUAAAAUUUAAAUUACUCGAUUUAAAUCAAAGUUUUUCAUAUAAUGGCACAUAAUUUCACAUUGAAAUAAAUUGAGUGGGCAAAUAGUUUCACAUUGAAAUAAAUUGAAAUUUAAAUUAAUUUAAAUGGUUUUUUAAAUGUACAUCACUAAGAUCCGAUAUUGGCUCCAUUCUUCAUAUCCUGUGAGGGUUGUGACUACGGCAAGCAAUACCAAUAGAUUUGCCAUUCCAGAGUAGGAAUUUCUUCGAGUUUAAUCUCCCUUUGCUGCUCGUUCCUUUUGCUCUGAGGAAUCUUUUACAUUAAAUAUCUGCAUCUUGUUAGUGAAUUCAGUUUUACUUAUGAUUUUUGUUAAUUGUUUUCGCAAGAGCAUUUUUUUGUGUGUUAUUUUAAAGAGUGGCUCACCCUAGAGCUACUCACAUAAAAAAUAGUGGAGCGUGUCAUAAGCGUGUGUCAUAUAUAGAACGAAAUCGUAUGACCGUUUUCACUUGUUAUUAUUGUGUCACUAGAUUGAAAGUUUAACGAAGCGCUGAUUCUCCUGUGUUUGCCCAUUCGUAAUUUGUUAACUAGUUUUGUCUUCGCUUUUCUUGAUUUGCGUUUGUGGUGUAUUUUACGGUAUUCAACUGAUUUUUUUGUUUGUCUAUAAAUGGUUUGAGUUAAAAGAAAAAAGCUAUGGUAUUGGAAUAUUUACGUGUCCACUGGCUGUCACCGAAGAGUUUAUUUGCUCUUGCAAUUCUUUGAGUUAUGUGUUCAAAUUUAAAAUUUGCCAGUAUUUAAAAGAUAAAAAUGUCCGAUAAAAUGUUUGGAAAACGCGAUGAAAGGAUCGAGUCGUAUGCAGUCGACACUAACUUGGGUCUCGUUGCUCUAAGCAUAGGAUUCGUAGCUUUUGGAGUACUUGUACUUGUUUACCUAACGCGCAAAAUGGGAGUUUUAAAUGUAUCACAGCGCAAUGUAGCAGCACCAGCUAGCCACCAAGUUUUGAACAGACAACCCCAGAUGCUACAAAGACCUAGCCAGAAUCGAGGAGCUCCGGUGCCUAGAUUCAUAGCCGGCGAGGAGGGAGCUGAGAUGGAUUUUGGAUCGGACUCAGAAGCGGGCUCGGAGGCCGAUCUGAUUGAGGGGUUGAGAAAUAGAACAGGGAAAUUAGGUGUUAAGAAGAUGAAGAAACUGGAAAUGAAAGAGGAAAAACGCAGAAUGAGAGAAGCCGAGGCAGAAGUGCGAGCAGAACGAGCCAAAAGAGAAGCAGAAAUAGAACUAAAGCGUCAGGCGGAAGCAGCACAAGAGGCAGCUGAAGAAGCUAGACUAGAAGAGGAGCGAACAGCGGCCGAGGAAGAGCGUAAGAAAAAGGAGCACGAGGAGUAUCUGCAGAUGAAGGCGAUGUUUGACGUCGAAGAGGAGGGAUAUGAUGCAAACCAAUCAGAAGCGGAGGCACAGAACCAGCUCAAUAUGUUUAUAGAUCACGUCAAAAAUAACAAGGUUGUAAAUAUCGAAGAACUAGCCAGCUGUUUCAAUCUGAGAAGUGCCGACUGUGUUUCACGUCUGAAGAGUCUACAAGAAGCAGAACAACUUACAGGCAUUCUAGACGACAGAGGCAAGUUCAUAUACGUUUCAGAGGAAGAAAUGAAGAACUUGGCUCAAUUUAUAUCUCAAAGAGGGCGUAUUUCAAUUUCAGAGCUGGCCUCUGCAUCCACAUCCAGAAAUAUUAUAUCUCUAAAUCCUGUCCUGGAAUCCAGUUAAUUGUUCAGGUGCUCCUAGUUGUAAGAUUUGUUGUUAGUUUUUAUGGCUGGCUGCUGGUAUGGUAAAUUUACAUUUCCAUGAGGUACAUAUUUAUAGAAAGCCAUCUGUUAGCUUUUUUGUCGAAAAUUGUAAUAUAUGAAUGUGCUAAAUGUACCAAAAGUUGUUCUAAAAAGUUUUUGAAAUGUCAGACAAUAAAUUAUGAGCCCCCGUAAUUUAAGUUAUUAGUUUUGGGCUCCUGGAAAAGCUUGCUGUCAUAAAUUAUAAAGCAUUUUUUGGCCGGCAUUUGUUUUAUU